AGUGAUCGUAUUCCUAUAAUAAUAGUGAUUUCCACUUUUGUUAUUCUUUUACUAUUGUCUCUCUUACUUGUUUAUGUACGUAAAAAACGUAAGGAAUCUCAACAAAAAGCUUUGGCAUCUGCAAUAGUAGCUGCAGAAGCAGGAGAAUUACCUACUAGGCCUAGGACUAUAUUACGAGAUUCACCUUCCCCACCUCCCCCUCCUCCCCCUCCUCCUCCAACUCCAACUCCUCUUCCACAUGCAUUAUUAAAUGAUGAUGAUAUACCACCACCACCACGAUAUAAAAUAUCUACAUUACAAAUAGAACCAAUGACAAGACGUUUAACCAUGAAUUUAAGUCAAAAAGGUAAAAGUAUAAUAGUAAAUGAGGACAGGAGACCAAAUCAAAUUCGAAGAUGGAGCGAAACAACAGAUGGAGAGACAAAAAUUGAGGAAGAAUGUCAGGAAGUUAUUAAUGUUACAAGUUUAAAGGAUGAUGAUGAUGAUAGUAGUAUUGGAGAAGGUGAUAGUAAAGGAAAAAGUUUUUCUAGACGAUUUUCAGCUAGAAAAAGUUUUUGGAAAUGAUAAAACAAUUUUUUUGGACAAUUUUUUUUUAUUGUAAUGUAGAUUUUUUUAUUUUUUAUUUUAUUUUUAUUUUUUACUGUACAAA